AUGAUCAAAAGAAAAAAUGAAAUAUCCAUCAAACGAUUACAACUUUGUGAACAGUAUUUCCUGUUAAUGCGCAAUGUUGAAACCUUGCUCUUUGAAUGCCAUUUAAACAUUGCCAAAACUAGAAAGAUAUUGGACAUUCCUGUAUCAUUUGACACUGCUUUAUCUAUAUCAGAUGAUAAAAUUGAGUCAUCUCAAUCUCCUACUGUCUGGUUAGCAUUUAUUCCAAUAUCUAUUGAAGAUCAUUCAGGAUUGAGCUUUAUUCGGGUGAUGAAGCGCAGAAUGAUUAUGAUGUGUUUUCACUUAAUUGUAGUAAGAAAACUCCGUCUACAGACCCAACAAGGAGAAGACAGCCAAAUAUAACAGAAACGACCGAAAAUGAAGCAGCUUCAAAUAAGACUGAAUAUGAAAAGAUAGGAAGCAAUGUAUUUAAGUUCCGUCCAUUCGGCAUUUUAGAGCCGCAGAGUGCCAGAAU